UCCUAGGGAAACACAAAGAGAUCAUUAAUUAUGGAGGACAAGAAAAAUAAUAAGUCUUCAUCAUUAUCCUUCCCUUCGCCGGAAAAUGGUAUGUACGACGAGGAAAAACAGAGCUCACGCAGUGAUUCUCCGGCCAAAACAUGCCGGAGAAAGCCUGGUGGAUGGAGGGCUAUGCCUUAUGUUCUAGGAAAUGAGACAUUUGAGAGGUUGGCAUCAGUAGGACUAUUGGCAAAUUUCAUGCGGUUUUUAUUAACAGUGUUUCAUAUGGACCAAGUGUCUGCCUCCAACGUUCUUAAUAUUUGGUCUGGAGUUGCUAAUUUCAUACCAUUGCUCGGUGCUUACAUUUCGGAUGCAUAUAUCGGUCGAUUUUGGACUAUUGCUUUUGCCUCCGUUUUUGAAAUGAUGGGAAUGUUGACAUUAACCUUCAUACCUUGGUUACCUCAGUUGCACCCUCCUACUUGCAAGGGCCAACAAUGCAAGGGGCCUAACAAAUCACAGAUGGGCUUUCUAGUUAUGGGCCUAGGAUUUUUGUCCAUUGGGUCUGGUGGAAUAAGGCCUUGUAGCAUCCCAUUUGGUGUGGACCAAUUUGACUCAACAACAGAUGAAGGAAGAAAAGGAAUUGCUAGCUUCUUUAAUUGGUAUUACACUUCAUUUACAGUGGUCCUGAUUAUUGCACUUACUCUUGUGGUGUAUAUUCAAGAUUCUGUGAGCUGGGUAAUUGGAUUUGGCAUCCCUACUGUGCUCAUGUUCUUGUCUCUCAUUUUAUUUUUCAUUGGGACGAAAGUGUACAUUUAUGUGAAGCCCGAAGGGAGUAUUUUCUCGAGCAUCAUUCAGGUUUUUGUCACGACUCACAAAAAACGCAAGCUUAAGUUUCCAGAUGAGCAUGAGAGUAACAAGAUCUUUUAUGAUCCACCGAUACCAAAAGGGUCCAUCGUGAAGAAACUCCCUUUAACCAAUAAGUACAGGUCCUUGAACAAAGCAGCUAUAGUGAUGGAGGAUGAUGUUAACACUGAUGGAACUAGUUCAAAUAAAUGGAGGCUAUGCAGUAUUCAACAAAUAGAAGAAGUAAAAUGCCUUCUCAAAAUAAUCCCAGUUUGGGCGACAGGGAUCAUUUGUUUCACAGCCGUGGCACAACAAGGGACAUUCACAAUGUCACAAGCUUUAAAAAUGGACCGUCAUCUUGGCCCCAAAUUCCAAAUUCCAGCUGGUACCCUCUCUGUUAUAUCAAUGAUCACUGUAGGAAUAUGGCUCCCUAUCUACGACCGACUAAUCGUGCCAUCCAUCAGAAAAAUCACUAAAAUUGAAGGUGGGAUCACAUUGUUACAAAGAAUUGGAAUUGGCAUGGUUUUUACAAUUUUGUCUAUGGUUGUCGCGGGGUUAAUUGAGAAAGUGAGAAGGAAUUCAGCUAUAAUGCAUAAUAGUUCGGACGGAAUUGCACCUAUUACAGUCAUGUGGUUAGCACCACAACUAAUACUUAUGGGAUUCGCUGAGGCUUUUAACAUUAUUGGCCAAAUUGAGUUUUACAAUAAGGAGUUUCCUGAAAAUAUGAGUAGUGUGGCUAAUUCUCUGCUUUCUUGCACAGUGGCUGCUGCAAGUUAUUUAAGCAGUUUAUUAGUGAACAUUUUGCAUACAACUACAGGGGGACAUGGACAUCCAGAUUGGUUAACAAAAGAUAUUAAUGCUGGUAGAGUUGAGAACUACUACUAUCUUAUUGCAGGAUUAGGAGUGCUGAAUUUGUUCUACUUUAUAUAUGUAGCUCGUCGAUAUCAGUACAAGACUAGAUUAGUUGUUGAUGACGGAAUUAAGCCUGAUGUUCAUGAACUUCAUGACAUGAAGUAUUAAGUUGAGAACUACUACUAUCUUAUUGCAGGAUUAGGAGUGCUGAAUUUGUUCUAAUUUAUAUAUGUUGCUCGUCGAUAUCAGUACAAAACUAGAUUAGUAGUUGAUGACAGAAUUAAGCCUGAUGUUCAUGAACUUCAUGACAUGAAGUAUUAAGCAACUUGUUUAGUUGCAUAGUAGUGCAUGAUUAGUAUAUACUAGAAGUACUUAGUUUAUUAUAGGAUAUGCCUAAGUUAAAAGUCCAGGUUUAGAUUAGAGAUGUAUCAACGUGUACAAAUUCGAGAAUAAGGGAUGACAAAUUGA